UAAUGCAUCAUCCUAGAGCGCUUCUCCGCUUUCAGUCGGAGAAACGACUGAUCAGAUCCCUGUUGCUCGGAGCGGAGACCCACUCGCUGACUGAAACCUGCUGUUUUAAACCCUACCGUGUUUGUAAAUGCGCUGCUUUAUGUGUUUACCCCGGACCCUGAAAUAAUGCGUCCAACCGCUGCCCAGAACAACAACUGAGAUGGAGAAAACCUCAGCAGAAGAUGACUGCGUGGAUUCAGGAGCCGAGACUGGAGGCCAUUAAACAGCGAUGAGCAACAGUUUCUUCUGCGGUCUGAUUACAGUCCCUUGUCCUCAACGAGCAGUGAGCUGUCCAUGGCCGAGCUCCAGGACCCGUUUCUGGUCAGCGUGCACCUCAUCGCCGACCCGGGCCGGGCCCGGCUCCUGCAGCGCGCCGCCGACGCCGUGCUGGCGUGGCUCCACCCGGAGCUGCAGCUGUUCCGCGUGUCGGAGCGGGCCUGCGCCUCCCAGCGGCCGCGGCCCCGGCGCCACCAGCACCCGGGCCCGGCCCAGCCGGCGCUGGCGCUCAUCCUGUUCCUGCAGGAGGCGAGCGGCGGCGGCGGCGGCGGCGGCGGCGGCGGCGGCGGCGGCGAGGAGGAGCCGCUGACGGCGCUGCACCGCGCGCUGCAGCGGCCGCCGUGGCGCCACCACCACACGGAGCGGGUUAGCGACGGGCGCCGCCUGCUGCCGCUGCCGCCCUGCAGCCAGGACUUCUUCACGCUGGCGCCCGGCACCCCGCUGUGGGCCGUGCGCCAGGUCCACUACGGCAAAGAGAUCGCCCGCUUCACGCUUUACUGCCGACACGAGAACUACGGCGACACGGUGCGUCUGUACAAGCUGCUGCUGCAGCGGCGCGUGGCGCAGAGGAAGGACGACUUCUGCUUCUUCGUGGUCUACUCCAACCCGGACAUGGAGGUCCAGCUGUCGUUCAAGAGGCUGCCGCGGGGACAGGUCCCGGUGCCGCUGGACUCGGCCGUGAUGGAGGUGAGGGUGCGGGACGUGGGGGCGCUGGUGCCGCUGCUGCCGCAGCCCUGCAGCCCCAUCAGCGAGGUGCGCUGGCAGACGGAGGACUACGACGGCAACAAGAUCCUGCUGCAGGUCCAGGCGCCUCACAUCAAACCCGGGCCGGACCCCUGCCGCCCGUCACCCGCCGCCCCCGACCCGGCGUCAGCUCCGUCCACCUUCGCCCGCAGCGCCGCCUCCAACCGGCACCGCCGCCACCAGCACAGGGCGCCGGCCCGGCCCAGGGCCCAGCCCGCCUCCUACGGCGCCGGCGACGGGCCGGACCCGCAGGAGCAGUGGGGGGACGGCUGGAGGGCCCCGUGGGGGGGCCGGCGCUCGGGCUCGCUCUUCUCGCUGCCCAACCUGGGCUCCAGCAGCUCCCGCUCCACCUGCUCCUCCCCCGGGCCCUCGCCCGUCCCCCACCACCGGAGCUGCUCCCUCACCAGGAGCUCCUCGCUCGUCCCGCCCUUCCGGCUCAACGUGGAUGCUCUGAUCGGCGCGGAGGAGACUGACGUGGACACGGGGCACAGGGUGAGCGCGGGCGGCGCCGUGGACCUGACGGUGGUGUCGGCGUACGUCCGAUCCAGCUGCCGGCCGCUGUCGGCGCCGCCGGAGGACAUCGGACCCACCCUGUUCCCCGGCAUCCCGGACAACGCCUACAAGGCAGCAACACUGGGCCGGACCGCGAACACGCCCGCCGCCUUUCUGCGGGCCCACGUGCAAGGCAGCAGCGACAUCUCCGUGAACCCGUCGGACAGUUGCAGCGUCAUCAGUGCAACGACCGAAGAGCCGCACAAGGGAGAGGAAGAGGAAGUCCAAGAAUUCUACAUCUGAAAUGACUCAAUCUCACCAUAAUGACAAACUUCUGGACUGGGACAGUCACAGACCGGCUCGGCUCUGCCCACUGGUGGUUCGUAGGAGAACUACAGCUCUAACUGUAUUUAAUGCCCUCGUGUAUUUGUGAAUUUUGCUGUUUUGCAUGUAGAUUGGAUCGUUGUAAAUGUAAAUAUCAGC